CAGCCUUCCUGAGCGGAUCGCUUGUCCGUUAUCCGUUCUACUAUAUAUUCCGUGAAUAUGAUCGGACAACAUUAUCAAUGUUUGCGUCUACUCGUACGUGUAUAGCUGUACGUAUCCGCAUACCCGACCGCACGGUUGCAUGCUAUCGGAACAACUUGCAGCUAAUUUUUACGCGUUGGUUCGACCUCAGGAGUUUUUCCUUACAUGGGGAAAAAUGCGAUGCGUAGAAACGAUUUCGACGCUCAUCGAAUUUUCCAUGAAGAAACUUUGUAUGGAGUCCCUUCGAGUUCUUGAUGAAGUACGCGCGAUGCCAAGCGACGAUUCUCGAACCAUUAAUCGUUGCUUCGUGGAGCGAGUGAUCGACGACGUGUUAGGCGUUGCUGAUCACACCUCGUUAACCACAAUAACGAUAUAAUAGAACACGAUUAGACACCCUUCGGAAUAUCGUGUCUAUCUAUAUGCAAAAUGUUCUCAGUGGCUCGAUACUCCCGGCUCUGCAGGUCGUGGGAGUGUGUCAAUGGAAGUCCCCGAAUCCACCCUCGCGGGGUAGGUCGAAGGUUCAAGGGCAGUUUCGCCGUAACACUAUCGCGUAUAAAUAACACCGGUAAUAAUACUUUUUUAUUUCCGCUCCUAAAAUGAUUUUAUGAAAACUUUACCGAGUAAACGAUGCGCGCCGCAUGAACGGGCGGUAUCGUAUUUGCAUCGUAUUGCAGAGGUGAAGGUACUGCAGUUCAAAUUCGGCCCAUCCAUCUUUUUUCAUCUCUGCGAUAGUCGCGGAAAUAUAGCGUAUAUAAAACCGACCCAAAAACCGUAGACCUCUCUCACCCUGCACGGGAUAGAAAAAAAAAAAUUGCUGCGGAUACGGAAUUAGGGUAAAUCUAUAAAAAGAAAAAGGGCUGCCGUAGUUGCCCGAGAAUUCCGAGUCGAUGCCCGUGAAAAAUUGGGGGGAAGAAAGAGAGGCGAAAAAAAUGAAAAAAUAGACCCGGUUGAUCCAGAAGCAGAAACGAGGAUAAUUCCGAAAUCCGAAAUUCGUCGAAACGGAUAUUUCGACAUGUUAAUCCUGAUUUCCUUUUCCUCCAAUUAACCGGUCUUAAUUGAGACGGGGCGAAAAGGUUCAUUGGUUUAUUCAGCUGCGUUCGGACGAUCGUUUUCGCGUAAAGAACGGAAAUAUGCCUGUACCCUUUCCGGUGUAUAAUUAUCACGAAGUGUGGAACGUGAAGUACGAAAUCGUUUCGAAGGUUAUUUAAAUUAAUGAAGUCGAAGGUACGGAAGUAAAAGAGUACUCGGGAGGGAUUACUCGUAUGAAAAUAGUAUUAUCGAUUGUACCAUGAAAGUGAACAAUUAACGGAGUUCUCGUACGAACCGAAUGCACGCGUACGUGUACCAGUGGGACGGAGGUCGGAAUGCAGAAAAGAAUCGCGAAUUGGCUUAUACUGUUGAGAAUUCAAGAACAAAAGGUGUUCGGAAAUACACGGAACAAGAACGACCAUUCAGACGGUAGGAACUCUGAAGCCCGCGAGACUUCGCAAAUCGAGCAAGGAAUGGUCUGGUGCAGGUUGCAUCCCUUUUUCACCCGACGUGAUCUGCUUCCCUUUUCUUUAUCUUUUUCUUGGUCCGACGGUAAGAAAUCUCCCCUUUUCUAUGCCCCCUCCACCCCCACCCCCACUUUUCUAUUCUUUCCAGCUCCGAGCUUCCCAUAUAUAAAUAUACUGCGAGCCGGAGUCUCCCAACCAGGCCGUGGGUACCUACUUCGAAUGUUCUUUUCUUCGAACUUUCUUUUUCUUAUACUCGUCCUCUUUCCGAGACUUGAAGAUAACCGGAAGGCUUUUACUUAUUGUUUCCAACGCGAUCGAUUCUAUAUUUACACUGUGAACGAGAACUCCUUCACACAGAAUUCAGCGAUAACGAGUAACGUGGAAUUUUUUUUUUUCUUUAUUUUUAUUCACCAACCAAACCAUGCGAAAGAAAUCGUUCUCUCAUUUAAAAAAAUAAAAUACCUAAAACGAAGAACACGGCGAAACCUAAUAGAGCAGUUACAUAUAAGCCGUGGUUUCAUAACGUGUGUAUAUCGGCGCGUGCAUAUGUGUAGAGAUACGGUUAAGAGCAUAUAGGGUUUUUUUUUUUUUUUAUCGUGUCGGUUCAGGUAAACUUUAAUUUGCGUACAAAUCUUCGUAGAAUGGAGGCUAUUUCCUGCAGAAAGACGCAUCUCGCCCCCCUAACGCUCGAUAUCCUUCUUAUACUGGCCCGCAUUUUCAUGCGGUAUAGUGGACUCGGGUAUAUACUUACUUUCCCCAUCUCUUUUACCCUAGGAAAACCUCCCUCACAUUAUUUCCUUGUCUUAUAUCCACCCCCGUUCCACGACGACGCUAACAUCCAUCGUGACCCACAUUUAUGAUUAACGAAAGAAGGAAGAAUAAAAAAAAAAAACGAACAAACAUGACGAAUAAAAAAUGUACAUCAGCAAAAAGUAACCAGAGAAAAAAAAAUAAAAUAAAAUAACGAAAAACUGGGGAUGAAAAACGAAUGAAAAGAAAAAAGAAAAAAAAAAAAAAGGAACGAAACGAAGUUCCUGCGGAAAGGACGAGCGGCACGCCGUGAAUCAAAAGUCGCGAUUGCAUUCUCCUCGCAUUUGAUAUAUCAUGGAUAUACACGGCGUACGGUAAAACUUGCGACUUUAUUACGACCAACAACACUUUGAAUACCGAGCCCAUUAGAGAAAACACGUAUUUAUAAACGGCGACCUCGUUGAGUACCGGCCGAUCAUUCUCUCCCAACGAGACUUAUUUCCUACAAAGUUAUUUCAUUUCCGCUCAUUCAUCUCUCACCAGAUAAAAGCAUUGUUCGCCCUCCGCAUAAACGCGUUGCCUACUUCGUCUUCCCCUCAACCCCGGCCAUUCCGAGUGUACGUUACGUAACGCGUGAAGUUAAACGAUAUCUUUAUAUCCAUGCUGACAUUUGACUCGUAGUUUUCUUCAUUCGUUCGUUUUCUUCGUAUUACAAUAUUUUUUGCCGCAUGCGGUCGCAAAAUUACGCACCGGUACGGUAUCUGUGGGUCGGUUAAUUCGUGAGAUGAGAGCGGAUGUAGCGUUCUCCAAAUAACCUAUUAACGCCGGGGGGGUUUUAGGAGGAGGAGGGAGAACGAGGUGGAGAAAAAAAGGGCAAAGGGGAGAGUUUUCAGGAAUCUCUUUAGUCCACCAAAUCGCUUAAGCCGUUGCGGGGAGGACGGCGGGGGUGGCGAAAAAAGGUGAAGGGGCGAUCGGAGGAAGGAGCUGACGUCUUUCGCAGACGGCGAAAAGGCCUGAUUUAAUCCAAGGUGCGGUUGAAUUUUGCUUGAAUUCCACCGCUGGAUUUCGAGUGCUCGGUAGUUCCCACGGCGGCGAAAGUGCUUUUCAUAAAAUCUACGCUCGUCUCGUCCUCACGCAGCUAUUUAAAGAACCACGAUUUAAUUCAAUUUUCAUAAAUUCUCAAAGGUUGAAUCCGCGGUUUAUGAUAAUAGAAAUAUCCCCGGCUGUGUAUCCGCACGUACGCUCAAAUAUCACAUCUACCGUAAAAUCCGAUUUCAGUAGUGCGAAAACAAUUAUCGACGAUAAUGAUAAUUUCAAAGCGUUAUCAAUUCGAUUAUUCGUGAACGAUUCCGUGUAAAAUCUUAAUUGUAACAUUUUCAUGAUUCUCACUCUCGCCUCCCCAUGUAAAACGCGGUUUUACGAUGAAAAGAGAACGUGUAUUAAUGUAAUAUCUUUGCACACACAGUUUUAUGAGUGGAAAAUUUUUUCCUCGCUUGAAUUCCGUUCCAACGAAUGCAUCUUUUUGGAAAAGUUUCUACUCUACACUUUCACGCUAUUUUCCUCUCUGAUUUUUUUUUUUUCUUUUUCUUGUAUUUUUGCGCGGUGUUCCCACUUUUGAAAGAACAAAUAAUAACUUUUUUUUCCUCUCGUUUUUAUGAUCGUGCGGGUGAAACGACGGAAUUGUGAUAUCGAGGAGUGUCCCAAUGGAUUCCGCGUUGUAUAGUUCUGAACAAAAAGUAUAUGAACCAGGGAAAAGCGGUGAAAACAUUGUGAAAAGUCGCACUUUUCACCGAGAUCGUGGUGCAGUUUUUUGUAAGCAUAAGUCCUUUGCUCAGUUGUGGAAUAUGUUUUAAACAAAACGUACGAUAUAGACGGAACACUGCUCCGCUGUGGCAAAGAAACGGUAUUUUCUCUAAACAGAAAAGAAGGAUGUAGAAAAGAAAAGCGAAGAAAUCCAAACAAUAUUUUGAAUUGCUAAUAUAUUCAGUUGAAUACAUUGCGCCGAAUAUUAUUCGGUGUAUAAUAAGUGGGCUUCGCGAGGGGAUGCUGUGCAGUCGCGGUUUUCUCUUGGUUGAUUUCUUAUAUAUUUCCGCGUCGUUAUUCGCAUUUAUUUGCAUCUGAUCUGUAUAGUUACCUUCAGUAGCUCGUUCGGCCUACUACUUUCGAACUUUUCAAAUCCGACAAUUUUCCCCAGUUUUUUUAAUCCAUAUACUUGGCGCGAUGAAAUUUAUCUUUAGACUCGAAUAAAUCGAGUCCAUUGAAUUUCGAUCGAAAUUAGUAGGAUUUGCGCCUUUUUCACUCAUCAGAAUAUGCGAAGUUCGCAAACCUUCGUGAAAAGGAUACCAUCAGCAGCAGCUUCGCUCGAAUUUGCAUCCUCAGUUGCUGUGACGUACCAUGAAUUCCAUUUUUUUAUGCUACCAGAAAUUUUUUUUCUUCACUUUUCAACUACUCCGAGUUGAAAGUGGAUCUGAAUCGAAACCGUAGACGUGAUAAUCGUUAACAGUCGCUAAGCGGUUGUUUCUGUGACAUCUGUGAUUAUAUUCCGAUCGAAAGAAGUCAGAUUUUUCUGCUCCAAGACUUUUCCUCAAAUAUUAUCUCGGACGAAUAUACGUGCGAUGUAAUGCAUGCAGCCGUAGUCACCAGACCAGACAUCGCGCGAUAAUGGUGAAAUUUUUAUUGUUGGAUUUCCUACUACUUUUAUUCUGCACUCGUGUUCGAUGCUGCGAAAAAGAGGACGAUGCAUCGGCGGCCCGAGAAAGUGCAUUUAGAGGGCGGUAUACCCGAGAUGAUCGGAUUACGCGUAACUACGAAAUAGUUGUACCGAGGAAGGUCAUGAUCGACGGACGGUUUAUCUCGUACCAAAUACCCCAUCACUACAAACGCUCCCACUACAGAAAUAGAAGGAGAGAAAAAAUGACGCCGGACGAUAUCGUGCAUUACAGAGUCGCUAUAGACGGGCAGGAACAUCAUCUGGAGAUGUACCCCAACCAUAAACUCUUCGGCCCGGGUGCCGUACUUGAGACCCGAAAUUCGGAAACUGGGCAAUCCGCGGCAACGGGAACAGAAUUUUUGAAAGAUACCAAAAUGAGAAGACUGAGAGAUACGGAAUGCCAUUAUCAUGGGAAUGUACGCGAUCAUGACGGGAACAGCGCGCUUUCCACAUGCUAUGGACUGGCUGGGUACAUCAGAACUAAACGUGGAUUGUACAUGAUCGAACCACUCGACGGACAUGAUUUUACCAAGGACAUCGAGCAUCCACACAUAGUUUACAAGCGGAACGAUGCCGUUAGCGAGGAAGAUGGCAGACCGUUGUGCAACGUCACUAGUAAAUUUGAAAAACAAAUAUCCAGGCUAGAUUUCCCGAGACAAAAAAGAGAUUCGUGCAACGACUCGAAAUCCUACACCAUCGAGUUACUCGUGGUGUUGGACAAAACGCUGCUGACUUACCACAAGGAUUUUGACGUGGAAAAUUAUGUACUGACUUUAUUCAACAUGGUGGGUGCGAUUUUGAAAGUUGAAGGUAGUGUCGGUUCAUUUUUUUUUUUUCAAAAUCAUCACCAGUUAUCAUUUGCGCAUCUCUCAGGCAUCCGGAUUAUUCGAAGAUUCCAGUUUGGGUGUCCAGAUGGAAUUAGUCAUAGUGAGAAUCAUAAGACUAGAAGUCGAAGCGGACCAGAUGAAUUUAUCGGUGAACAAAGACGCCGAGACCACGCUGAAAUAUUUUCAAGAAUGGCAGCAAAAGAUGAAUCCGGGCGACGAUACUCAUCCGAAUCAUCACGACUGCGCGGUUCUCCUGACAAAGAUAGAUAUCUGUUUGAUGCAGUCUCUGUGCGGUUUUACGGGUACGUCGACCAUCGGAGGUACCUGCGAUCCCUUGAACGGAGCCGCUUUGGUAUCGGACAACGGUCUAAAGACUGGCUACAGCAUCGCCCAUCAAAUCGGACACACGUGAGUGAUGAUGCGACAAAAUUAUCGAGGAAUCGUCCCGUCAUAGCCUCUGAUCUUUGA